ACUUAUGGCGUUUUUCACUGGUCGAUUCGGAGCAGGAUUUCUUGCUCCGCGGCAACGAAUCCGAAUUUCACUGGUCGAUCAGGAGCGGGUUCGCGCUUUCCACUGGUCGUUUCGGAUCAACUCGCUCCGCGCCGGAUCGCUCUCACUUGCUCCGCCACCGAGGCGCGGAUUCGGGCGGAAAUAGCACGCGUCACUUCCGUCUUCAAGUGAAAUCGGUACGCACAACAUUGUGCUGCUUCGCAAAAUGGCUGCGUUCGCUGCUGCUGUAGAGCUCGCGUUUAGCGAUCAGAGCAGUUCAAGCAGUAGCUCUUCUAGCUCGGACGGCAGCGAUUAUGAGGUUACUCAGGCGCUGUACGAAGCCUUCUAUCGGGAGGCCUUCUCUGAACCGCCGCGUAAAUGUCCGAGGAUUGUCGGAUUCGUUCAGGACGUUGUGCGGCAGUACUCAGAUGAGGAGUUCCGCAGGAACUUCAGAGUUUCGAGAGCUGUCGCGGACAGCCUGAUCAGUAGGUUCGAGAACUCUGAUUUCUAUCCUCGCAGUGAUCGUGGCGGGUCCCCUUCUAAAACCGCUGAAGAGCACGUUCUGGUCUUCAUCUGGUGA